AUGGCUGAUAGGACUCCGUCGCGGAACUCCUUUCGCCCCCGCGCCUGCGACAACUGCCGCAUUCGCAAGAUAAAAUGUGACAAGGCCACUCCCUGCUCCAGCUGUGGCGCGUUGGGGAUUCCUUGUAAACUUGCGGGGGUUGCCUCAGUCCCUGACCCGCGACGCGCUGUGUCCAGCCAGUACGAGGACAAGAUCGAUUCUAUUCAAGAGCAGCUCGCUACGAUUCAACAGGCACUCAGGGAAGUCAAUCCAUCGGCAUCACCCUCUCCGGCUCACCCGGUCCCUCGUCCUGUACCAUCCGCCGAUCCUGCGCCUCCAUUUGAAGGCCAGUCAUCCUUUCAUCAUGAAUCUAUUCUUGCAAAGGAUGCUGCAUUUUCCGCAGUAGCUGGUGCGCAGGGAAGGAGACUUGAUGACCACGUCUCUGCUGCCCUUUCAUCCUUAACUCACAGCCUUGACCGAAAUACGGCUCUCUCGCAAGAUGUAUCGGUGAACAAGGCGUCAGCAUCUCCUGUGCCCAAGGAGGAACUGCUUCCGGUUGAUCUAGCUGUAUCGGUUGUUAAGGCCGUCAAAGCUCAACCACCUUUCUUCUUGGUCAGCCACUCCUGGCGAGACUUACUUCAGAUUGAAGUGCUUUGCCAAUCGCUUUACUUUCCCCUGCAGCCAGUUCCUGCUGGUUCAGUUACCCUCUUACAUGGUCUUUUCUUUUACAUCAUUCGUGACUAUCUGCAUCAGGGUCAUCCUGAUCUGGCACAUUACAACCUCGCGUCGAGUGUGGAAUUUUGUGAGCGCCGCUUCUUCGAAGGUCUCAGCAGUUAUGAAAUGAUGACUGCGCCUACGUUAGAAAAGGUGCAAGCUUUGCUUAUCGGGAUAAUCAAAGCCCAAGAAGAAUUCGACAUCCAGCGUUGUUGGACAUACCUCUCUCUCGCUUUCAACAUGUGCCAGACGUUAGGUUUUCAUAGGAGCUCAGCCUUGAAAGACGACGUAUCCCCAGCCGCAGAAGCAAAGCGACAUGUGUUCUGGUCGCUGUAUACCAUCGACAAAAAUGUUUCACUCAACAUCGGCUUCACGUCCCAUUUCCAGGAUCACGACAUCGAUGCCGACUUGUUUAAGCCAUCUGGUGAUCCCAGUCAGCGCCCGUGGGACUUGAUGGCUCUUGUAACGGUGGAGUUUGCCACAAUCCAAGGACGCGUGUUUGAUCAGCUUUAUUCCGUCGGAGCCAUCAACAGCACAGAUGCAAAGCGCGCAGCCGCUGUACAGCAGCUUUCACUUGAUUUGAUUGCUGUUCGUGACAGGCUUGUUGCAAUUGACGUCAGCUCCGGGUUAUACGCUGACUCUCUGCACGGAAUGGCCGCAUGUGCCGACUUCAUUGCUUACUCGGUAAUGACAGUCAUUUAUCGGGCGCAGUCCCGGCCCACCGAUGCCAUGGCCGUAUCCUCGAAUUGCUAUGAAGCGGCACGAUUAGCCUUGGACAGUCAUCUGAAAUGUUUCGACUUUUUCCGUGGCCGCCAAACCCAUAAACAAAUGGAAUACGUGAACUGGAUCUUACUCUACCCGUCCUUCGCUCCAUUCGUGAUUGUUUUCACGCACGCCAUCGCUACCUCGAGCUCUAGCGACCUCUCGCUUCUUCAAGACACCGUCAAGUCCUUGGACCUAAUCAAGGGCCUCUCCCGAGGCUCCAUGCAUCUGUUCGCGAUCUGCGAGGCGUUCGCAAAGACGGCACAGGUCCUCGUUGACGCGCGUCAGACCGUGACAGGACUCGAGCACCAUCAGGACGGGUCCUUAUUUAUCCCCGCGACAACUGAGGGACCUGGGAACAUCGCAUUGCCUGACUUUCCGUGGCCGGAAAAUACGUUUGACUCGGCUAUGAACCAACAGGAUAUUUCUUUGUUCUUGAACGACUUUAUAGGUACAGGAAGAUCCGUCAUGGAUAUGCUCAGUUCAGGGUAUCUGAAUGAUUCUCUUCGAUGAUACAGAACUGCUGGUAAGACUGGCACCGCGACAUGCAAUACAUCUAUGCAUGGGUUUUUUGAUAGAAUAGCCUUUCCACCGUUGUCGCUGGUCGACG